CUUGGCAUUCCGUAGAAUCGUGAUGUUUUAAGGUUAUGCUUGUGAGUUACCGUGGGUUGCUUUCAUAGAAGGAUUUCCGUGGCAAAAGCUUUAGUAUCCGUUUUUGAAGGAGAUAAUGGCUCAGUGUGUUCAAAGUGUGACUCUUUCUUUAACGUUACCGAUGUCAUGCCAGAUUUGUCUUGGAAAGGUACGGCAUCCUGUGAUUUGUACUAACAACCAUGUUUUUUGUUCAACGUGCAUUGAAGUAUGGUUGAAGAAAAAUAGUCAGUGCCCAACUUGCAGGAUUCCUAUUACUCCGGAAAACCCGUGUAAAGAAAUUAUAGGAGCUACCAAUGAGAGUGAAUGUAAUGACAGUCAAUCUGUUAGAAAGCAUCUUCGGAAAACCAGAUUUGAGCUGCUUCUGAAGGAAUGUGAGGAUGAAAUAGAGGCUCUCCAAAAAGAAAAUGAGGAUCUAAGAAACAAAAACAUACGCUUUGAGUCACAGUUGAAAACUGUACUAGAUCCUUCAACCUUAUCUUUACCUCAUAAAAAUGGAGACUACAAGCAGAAAGGUGAGGACAAGAGAGAUGACCCCAAUAUGCUGAAGGAAUGGGAAAAUAAACUCAAAGCAGCAGCUGACAUUUAUGAGAAAGUGAAAUCAGAUAUGGAGAAACUGAAAGAGGCAAACAAGAACCUGAGAGCUCAAAUCAUCGAUCUUGUUAGAGACAAUCUGCACCUGAAAGCAGAGGUGGAAAACAGAUCUCCUCAAAAGUUUGGCAGGUUCACGGUAGCAGCAUUGGAGGCAAAAAUUGAUCAGUAUGAACGUGAUUCAAGCCAUCUGAGAAGAGCCCUUGAAAGAAGUGAUAAGUACAUAGAGGAGUUGGAGGCACAUGUAUCAGACAUGGAGAGAAAGUUAGAUGAAAAGGACAAGGGGGGGGAUUCUUGUGAGGUUGUUAACGUAAGUAUUGCACAUUCUCAACUUGAAGAAAAAGAGGUCUGCAGUAAACAGUUGCUAAUUUGGAACAAUGAAAGUCAAAAGAAUAAUAGCAAGACUAACAGAAAAGCAAUUAAUGAUAUGGAGAAUACACCUGAAUGUAUAGAUUUGGAUAUGAAAAGCGAAAAAAUAUUAGGAUCCUGCAGAUGUUUUUCCACUACAGCUACAGAAAGUAAUAUGUCUGCCGUUUUACAUAAAAAGAGGGAGAGCUGUGAAAAUGGUACACAAAAGAAAGAAAGAAAUAGUUUAGAUCUUGAUCUCUCUGUUCCAUAUACUCCUUCUUCAUCUUUUAGUUUUCUCAGUUUAAACAGCCCGAAUGAUUGCAGUCAAAAGACUAGCACCAAGCCUUUAUCCUACCUACGAAAACUUUGCUUUGAUGAUUUCAGUUCUAAUACUUUGUCUGAUGUACAGAAUGAAACUACAGAAAACCAUGUUUUAGAUGCCACCAUACCUGUAGAAUGUAAAACGCAAGCUGCAGCUACAAUGCCAGUGUUUUGGGGAACUUGUCAUCUUGGCACUAAGGGCUCAGGACAGGCAUGUCCAACUCAAACUGGGGAGCAGGCCAAUAACGGACGAAGUAAAAGCAAACAAAUCUUUGGCAGACCUUUUCAUGAUAUUACUAAAGCAAACCACAUAGGAAUGUCCAGUGAGGCUUCCAUGGAUGCUGCCUAUCUUGAUAAAAUCUGUGAAUUGGACUCCAUGAUAUCUGAAUCUGAAAGCAGCAGGUGCUCUCAUUUCUCUUUGUCAAAAGAGUCCACUGACCUUGGUACUCCUUUAAUAUCAGAGCUGGCUUGUGUUGAACCUUUGAAUGAAGUAAAUACAAGACGUGAGCAAAAGGUGAGAAAGAACCAGCAUGUUGCAUCAUGCUCUGAAGAAAUAAGUGAAAGUAUAACCAGCAGUAAACCACUCUCCAAGUCCAACAAACAUUUACAAGUUCUUCAAAUGAAAGAAGAGUCUUGCUCAUCUGGUGAUGAGGAUACAUGGGUCAACAGUCUUCAAAUGAAACAAGGUUCUUCACAAUCGGAUGAAAUGUCAUUUGACUUGCUGUUUGACCUCCAUGAAUCUUCUCAGGAGGUCAAGCCUGGAUCAUCGUCCUCUUCUAAUUCAACUGAAGCUCACCACAAUCAGACUGAGGAUCUCUUCCCAAUUGUUAGUUCAGUGAAAUCUGAAAGUGUAAAUAGAACAGAGUCAAAUGACAGCACUAGUCAACUGAUAAAAAGAAAAUCUAUGAAAGCUUUUCACAUAGCAAGUCCCUCUAAAAUCUCUAAGUGUGAAAAAUGAAAGGUUGUAUUUUUUGUUCCAUCUAUUUAUAAUACUUUUGAGCAGUAACUUUAGUCAUGUUAAAAGUUCACAUCUGAUUUUCUAUACAUUCUGUUUUAUGGCAACUAAACUGAUGCUUAUAGCUGUUUUGAAAGAAUAAAGAAGAGCUUAAGUAUCUGUUCCCACAAUUAGUGUUUUGAGUUAAGGUCUUGCCAUAUCAUUGGUAUUUGUAUGUAUAAAUUAUGUGAAAGCAUGACAUUCUCUUUUUAAUUAAAUUUAAAAUAUUUAUGCUGUAUAUACGUAGCUUGUACACAUAGAAAGACACAAUGUACAGUUUCAUUUUUGCUUCCAAACUGUUAGUCUUGAAUGACGUGGAAUCUAGAUAAUAUAGUAGAAUGGAUGACUCUGUCUUCAUACUGUUGUGAAAAAGACAUUUUUGACAUGCAAUUGUACACUAAAUCUAUUAAUCUUUCAAAGGAUAUAAAACAUGAAAGUUUAAGCAAUGUUCUUGCUGACUGAUUCUGUUUGACAAUGGUUGUAUAUUUUUUAAUAUUUUCUGAAUAAAAGGACAUUUAAAAAAUUCCCCCAUUUUUUAAUCUUUCAAAGACAGUGUAAACAGAGUAGCAUAUCACAGUGCUUUUUGUUAGUACAAUCUAUUAUGUUUAAUAUAUUGCUGUUCUGUAUUGACUGUGUAAAAUCUGUCAUUGAAAUCAUGUCUUGGUGUAUCAUUUUGUAGGCUUUACUAAGAGAUGAUGUUGCAUACCUUUUAAGGGCCUAAAUGAAAGGUAUUGAAAAAAGUUAUAUGUGAAAUGUUUUUUUCCUAAACCUCAUUAGCUAUCGAAAGAAAUGUUUCAAUUUUAUGAGGCAGUUAGAGUGAAUUAGGCUAAUAAUAUAGAAAAAAUAUUGUACAACUGUUUAUUUUUCUGAUUUCUAAGCAUAAUGUGAAUCUCCACAUAUCCAGUUAUGUAAAUUGCUGUAGUUAUGAAAACUAUGCAUUUUCUUAGUUAAAAGUAAAACUACUUAUCCAGUGUAUACACAUUUAAUUUUCAAGUGAUAUAAAAGUGUAAUGUUUUUGACAGUUAUAGCUCUUCAUAUGGACAGCACAGUGCCUUGCAGUGUGAGGUCUCUGGGUUCAGUUCUGGACCUGGGGUGCUAUCUGUGUGAGGUCUGUGUGUUCUCCCAGUACUUGUGCUCCUCCCACAGUUCAAAGACAUUAUUAACAACAUAAAGUUUAUUUCACAGUUUAAAUCUUACAAUGACUACUCACUCUUAACAAACCAUAAAAACUGCUCAGUUAAAGAAACACUCUAAAUUGGGUGAUUGUCCUUUUUCAACCUAUGCAAGUGGUUGCUGGGGUUGGAUUUGCACAAUAAGAGUCCCUUGAAGCCCCACCACUUGGUGAUGUCCAUGCCCUUUUCCCAUCAUGGCUCUGAAACUGGUGUCAUUUAAUCCUCUGUGGAAGCUCAGAGAAACAGGUUUUUCCUCCUUAGUCUCUGAACAGGGUCCAUAGUCCGCAUUUGGUUAUGUUACAUUUCAUACUCCCUCUGAAUUUUGCAAGGAUCCUCUUCCAGCUCCCUCACUUCCCACUCUGUGUUGUGCUGGAUGAGAGUGUUUUUCAUGUUCCACAGUCCUUGUUUCAUUAGGACACCAGCAGCCAAAGCAAGUACUGUCACUUUGUCCAAUCCGGUCAGUACCAGCCCCAGCAGGAUUCACUGGUAGAUUAGCACCCCACAGUUAAUGUACUGUUAACUGGUUUCUGGGAAAAUUGGCCCUAGGUGUGAUUGGGUUUGUGUGUCUGUGACUACCCUGUGAUGGGCUGGUGUCCCAAACACCAGUUCUUGCACCCGUCACUUGCUGGGAUAGGCUCCGGCUUCCCCAUGACUCUAUACUGAAUAAAAUGGAUAGAAAAUGGAUGAUUUUUCAUUAAAUUACAGAAAAAAGAUUCUCUAAAUAGGUAUCUAUAAAUGGUGUUGUUAAAUGUUACAAAAAAUGUUAUAGGACUACUUAAACUCUUAAGGCAGAAUGCAUAAUUGAGUGGAAUUUUACUGACAGAUUGGUAACUUUUUAAGUCAUAUAAUUAUACAUUUGCUACCAGACAAAACAAAGAGGUACAUGUGUUCCCUAAAGCAUUAAAAUUAAAAUUAUUUUCUAAAUGCAAAUAGUCACCCUUGGCAUAUAAUUCUCAACUAUGUUCGAUCUCACAGCUGACUACAUACCCAGAUAUUAUGUUUUCAAGGUGUGUCUUUCCUAACCUACUGUAUGUCUUAAACCUACUGAGAAAUUUGUGCUCUUUUGUGAUUUAAAGUGUAAUUAUUGAGUUCAGUUUAGAAUUUUUAUGUUGUUUUCAAUUUGAACUUUGUUGAGCAUGCUGCCAUGCUUUGUAAAAUAGUAUUAUCAUAGAAAUAAUGACUACUCUGAGUAAACCUUCUCUGACUUUCCUGUGAAUUUUUAUAGUUGUUUAUCUGGUUGUUAAAAUGUGAUGAAUUGUCCUAGCCUUUUCAAGUUUGUUGUUGACUACGUUUUACAAAGUAGUUCACAGUAAAUGCUGUAGGAAUAUACAGUAUUCUAUUGAUUUUGAUCAUUCAGUGGAAAAGGAUCUUUUUAACACCAGAUAAGCCCCAUUUGCAACUGUAUAAUCGUAUAUUUAAGUUAUAAAAAUACAAUACGUUUUGGCAAUAACUUUGAAGAAGUUAUUUUUUGAUGGAACACAAUGCAUUUAAUGUCCAUAGCUACUUUUCAUGUGGUGUUUUUCACCUGGGAUUUACACUAUCCUCUUGAAAUUCUUACAGACUAGUGUUCUGAUAUACUGUAUGCCCAGAACCCCGUCCCCCAAAAGACUAGAGUGCGUUUUCUUCACACAAUAUAAAAACAUCGUGGAACUACCGGACACUUCGGGAAGUGAAGCUAUGAAUGUUAAAACAAUGGACAGUAUACAAACUUUUGACUGGUUUGAGGAAACCUUAAUCUAAUAGCAGUGUUGCCUAUAUACAGUACAAUGCAAAAGUAACUUCAGUACCCAGAUAGUAAUAAUUUGUUUCUAAGCUUUAUUUCUAGCUGCACUGUCGUAUUUUCUUUUAAUUUGAAUUCUUUAAUUUGUAAAUUUCUUUUAAAAUGUAUUAUUAAGCUGUAUCUCCAGUCAUAAGAUUUUUGUAUAGUAAUGUAGCCACGCUGUUCUUCCAGAAUUUUGUUUUUUAAUCAAGCUUUUACUACUAAUAAUCCAGUGUACAGUAAAUAGUCGAAAUUCGACCUCCAACAGAUUCCUACACUGCAGGUUUAAGUUUGUACACCUUAUCAUUAAAACCGUCAUUACUAAAGGAAAGCGAAAAAAAAAAUCUAAUUUCCACCAUAACCUUGUACACAGUCUUUUAACAAAUUAAUUAAAACUAAUGAAUUAACACUUCAUUUAUUUAACCGCACUACAGUUCGUGGAUUAAAUUUUCAUGCAGUGAUUAAAGGCUUGUAAAAUAUACAUGAUUUCGUUAAAAUUUUAUAAUAAAUCAGUGCAUUGUGCUACAUGGCAACAAGGCAAACGUUUCUGACACCUCUGUUAAGAGUCAAAUGCGUGAUGUUGUUCUGACUAAAACUUGAAUAUUAUUUUCAGUGUUUUUCAUAUGAAUACGCAGUUAAGAAUUACGUUUAGUCAUGUUAGAAAUGUUAUUGUUUCCAAACUAGUUCUAACAAUAAAUUAUAGCUUACCUGUAGAUAAGAAAGUAAAAUGAUCUGUGCUAUCAAUAUCAACCUCGUUGAUUACCGCCUACAUAUUUAAAAAUUAGAUCGUACAUAUAAACACUAGUAUAAGAACUGCAAUGCAGAUAUAUGGGAGUAUUAAAUUACCGGAUGCUUGCAUUAGAGACCACAUUACAAAGAAAAAAAUGUUCAAUCAUACAUUUUAACACUUGUGUAAAACAAUUGUGUUGUUGGAAAUUACAACACUAGGAGUUAUGGAAGUAUAUUGUGUUUGUGUAGAAUACGUUUUAUUAUGACACGAAAAUGUUUUUGUCUAUUCAUACAUAACCCAUUGAAGGGAUAAGCAUAUACUGUAUAAUAUAAAAAUGUACAGCAAAGUUGUACACAUUGUGCACUGGGAAGACUUAAAAAUGGGAGUUUAUUAAACAUUGCGCCAAGUGUUAGACUGUCGCUAUAGUGAAACAUUUUUAACUAGUAUGAAAAAUUAAAAAUGCAGUAUGUAUUUAAUUUCAUUAGCUAGAUAUUAACUAGAUAUUAGUGCAGCAUCUUCAAUUCAAGCAUCAUUAGUAAAUGAUUUAGAAUACGUCCUAAAAGUACAAAAGCAGUUAUGUUAUAGUAGAACACAUAUUUAAGCUGUAUAACUGGUGUUGAGAAAUGUACCAAAUAAUUUUAACGCGAUUUUACCAUUUGUAAUGAAGGUGGCUUGCAUUUUAAUUGUAAAACGACUGUUAAUAAAAAGAUCUAAGAACGAACUUCAGUCCCGUUAUUUUCACAUAGGCUAGUCUGAUUUGCCC